AUGAUUACUGCUACUGACGAGCCCCUCCAUGUGCUGGACUUGCCCCAGAUCUACCAAAAGCCCUCGGGAACGGAUCUCUUAAAGACGCUAGCCUUGUUGGCCCUUCAACCUCGUUCGUUUGGAAUCAGUGCUGAAGCAGUCAAAGGACCUGCGGUUCAGCCGGCUGGAGUGACUCGGUAUCUUACCUCUAUAAUUUCGAGCCCACUGUCAUGGCUUGAUACUGAGGAGUUGCGAGAAGCUGUAUGGGAUGCGGCUGCUUCCCGCCUUAGCGAAAGGUCCGGUCGUACUGCCAUGCCAGCCAUGUCGCGCAUCUUCGACAUUCCAACCUCUACUGAUAAUCUGGGUAUGAAGACGUGGGUUUCUUCAUACCUCCUGUCUCGUCGGCUGCACAAUUUCUCCAUUGAACCCUCAGCAGGUCACUCUACCACAUCAUAUAAGAAACCGCUCCGAGCCCUGGAGCUUGGUUCCGGCACAGGACUCGUUGGACUUUCUUUUGCCGCUCUCCAGGGUAAAGCAGCUACUGUCCACCUAACAGACCUUCCCGAGAUCGUGCCGAAUCUCGCGCAUAACGCCGCCUUGAAUGUCGAGCUUCUCAAUACUACAGACGCAACUGUGACAACAGGUGUCCUGGAUUGGUCUGUAACACCAUCGCCGCUACCCACAGCUGAAGAACGAUUCGACGUGAUACUCGCUGCCGACCCAUUAUACUCGCCCAAACAUCCGCAGUGGCUUGUAGAUACAAUUCAACCCUGGCUAAGCCGAGGCCUUGACGCGAGGGUUUUAACGGAGAUGCCACUUCGGGACGCGUAUAUACCACAGGUGCAGGAAUUCCGGAAGCGGAUGAUGGACAUAGGACUGGCGGUCGUGGAAGAGGGCGAGGAAAUCGGGUAUGAUGACUGGGAGGGUUCCGAUGGAGAAUCUUUGGCUGUGAAAUGCUGGUGGUCUGUCUGGGGUUGGAGCGAGAAGAUAUGA